GAAAGCCCCGUGCCGAGUGUCCGGGAGCGCUCCGGUGACGCCCCGCCGGCGCGCCUGGUGCUGGGAGCGGGGCGAGCCCGGGGAGGGGAGCCCGGGACAGUACUGGGAGCAGGAGCGCCCCCCCGCGCUCGGAGGGGGACGGCGGGGGCAGGACACUCCGGUAAAGGGAACGGCCCCCAGCACGGAGUGACGCCACCGGGCAUCAUGCGGAGCGCCGCUGACGUCACGACAGGGCUCGCAAAGCAGACUGGGUGGCACACGGCCCUCCGAGCCAGCAGGGGGCGCGGUGGGCAGGCGGCAGGUGUCAUGGCGGAGCGGGUCGCGCCGGGCGGUACGGGCCCCGAAGCAGCUGUGCCGGUUCCGGCGGGAUCGCAGGCCACGGAACUGUCCCGGGAGGAGAAGCUGCAGCUGCGGAAGGAGAAGAAGCAGCAGAAGAAGAAGAAGAAAAGCGAGAAGACAACCGAGCCCACGCAGCCCGGGACGCCCUCGGAGCCGGGACAGGCGGCAGAAGCUGCUCAACCCACGGCUCCCACAGCCUUGGCUGAUGGCCCCAACGACAGUGAGAAGCCCUCAGGAGGGAAGAGCAAAGCUGAGCUGCGAGCAGAGCGCCGGGCCAAGCAAGAGGCUGAGCGAGCCCAGAAGCAAGCCAAGAAAGCAGAGCAGAGCCAAGCAGCCACAGCAGCCAAGCCCAGGCUGAUGCCCACUGAGCCUCAAACUGUGGUGAAACGGCUGCCGGAGCACGUGCAGGUGGAUGACCCUGCUGCCCAGAGGAAGCUGGCCAAGAAGCUGGAGCGACAGCAGGUGCCUCUGAGGCAGGACUAUGGCACCAAGGUCAACCUGUUUUCCCACUUGCACCAGUACAGCCGGAAGAAGCCACUGACACAGCAGAUGAGCAUCCCCUCCACGGUCAUCCACCCAGCUGUCGUGCGCUUAGGCCUCCAGUACUCCCAGGGCAUCAUCAAUGGCUCCAAUGCCCGUUGCAUCGCUCUGCUGGAAGUCUUCAAACAGCUGAUCCGAGACUACUCAACUCCUCCCAAUGAGGAGCUGUCACGGGACCUGGUGGCCAAGCUGAAGCCACACAUCAGCUUCCUGAACCAGUGCCGGCCCCUUUCAGCCAGCAUGGGCAAUGCCAUUAAGUUCCUCAAGAAGGAGAUCUCCUCCCUGCCUGACACCCUGAGAGAGGAGGAGGCAAAGGAGAAGCUGCAGGACACUAUUGACAAAUAUCUGCGGGAGAAGAUCCUUUUGGCAGCUGAAGCCAUUUCAAGGUCUGCCUUUGAGAAGAUAAAUGACAACGAUGUGAUCCUGGUGUAUGGAUGCUCCUCCUUGGUGAACCGCACGCUGUGUGAUGCCCACGCGAAGAAGGGCCGAGCCUUUCGCGUGAUCGUGGUGGACAGCCGACCGCGACUGGAGGGCCGGGAGACGCUGCGCCGGCUGGUGCGGAAAGGCCUUCACUGCACCUACGUCAUGAUCAAUGCCAUCUCCUACGUGCUGCCCGAGGUCUCCAAAGUGCUGCUAGGAGCCCACGCGCUCCUGGCCAAUGGCUCUGUCAUGUCCCGGGUGGGGACAUCCCAGAUAGCACUGGUCUCCAAGGCCUACAAUGUGCCUGUCCUGGUGUGCUGUGAGACCUACAAGUUCUGUGAGAGAGUGCAGACAGACUCUUUCGUCUCCAACGAGCUGGAUGAUCCUGAUGACCUCAUCGUGCUCCGAAAGGGCCAGGCCCAGCUGGGUGGCUGGGCAGAGAACAAGUCCUUGCGCCUCCUCAACCUGGUCUAUGAUGUGACGCCGCCUGACCUGGUGGAUCUGGUCAUCACGGACUUGGGCAUGAUCCCCUGCACCUCGGUCCCUGUUGUCCUGCGUGUCAAAAGUGUGGAUCAAUAGUGGGAGUGGCUGCAUGGACAUUAAUAAACCGUGAUAGACUCUGUCUAACUUGUGUGGUAUGGCAGGAGUCCUGGUGCCCCUUUUACCCAAGGCUGAGCUCUUUGCCUGGGCUUGCUGGCAGUUCUGCCCAGCUCUGCCUGGGCCUUCUCCUGCUUCAGCUUGCAAAGGAGAAAUGAGCCCUUCCUCUGGGACCUGGGGGAAUUGGUGACACACUGCUAAUGGACCCUUGUUCUGGCUCCAGUUCUGGCACCGUCUUGAAUUGGGCUUGUGUGGGAGAGUCAGACAACUCUGACCCUGCAGUACUCAGCAGUCCUGAAAGAGAGACCCUCUUGAGCAGAGGCAGGGGACUCUGGUGUGGGGAGUCGUAGUGUUUUUGAGUGCAAAGGGACCUUUAAAGGUCAUCUACUCCAAUGCCAGCUGCAGAACGGGUCCUUCUGUCUCCUACUACCAGCCGUGCAGCCUCCCAGGUGCCAUCAGGGGAUAUGGAUGGGGCCGGAGGAGCCAGCUCCCUCCUGACCGUGAACCUCAAGCCGAGGCCUGCCCGCGUUAAACGGCCGGAGUCAGCCGUGCAUGGCUGAGAUGCUGCGGUCCAGCCGCUGCUCCGUGGGUGGGGCACCAAGGAUUAUCUAGGACCACUUGCCGGGAACCAAAAUUGCCCCAGCGCCUCCACUCCCACACUUCGGGGGCUGGGCCUUGUGGGCUCUGGGCGGGGCCAUGCAGAUUAGAGACCGCGCAGAAUGCUGGGAGCCGACCUGUCAGCCAAAAAACCGGGCACGGGCAAGGCGGCGGUGGCAGAGCAGAGGUGUCUACAAGACAGAGGUGUCAGGAUGCAGCAUGGUGGGGUGUGUGGGGUGUCUGAGUGGUGCAGGGGUAUCCGUGUCUUAAGACUGUGUGCGUCGGCAGGUGGUGCGGUGUUGUUGUGGGUAAUAGCAUACUUACCUGGCAGGGGAGACACCAUGAUCAGGCAGGUGGUUUUCCCAGGGCGAGGCUCAUCCUUUGCACUCCGGGUGUGCUGACCCCUGCGAUUUCCCCAAAUGCGGGAAACUCGACUGCAUAAUUUGUGGUAGUGGGGGACUGCGUUCGCGCUCUCCCCUGG